CGGCGCGGGCGGGCGAAUGGGCCGUUCAGCCCAGCUGAGAGCUCGUUUGCCUCGCCCCGCUACCCCCGCCUUCCCGGCGUUCGCUUCCUGGCCCUCCCCAACUUUUAGCGAGACCAACGAGAGGACACCGCCUGCAUCUAGAACAGCCCGGCCAGGAGCGUAACCGAGUGGCGCGCGAACGGGAGAGGAAAGCCGUGCGCGGCUGCGCUUUCCUACCCCCGAGCCGUUCUAGACGCGGGAAAAAUGCUUUCUGAAAGCAGCUUAUUUUUGAAGGGUGUGAUGCUUGGAAGCAUUUUCUGUGCUUUGAUCACUAUGCUAGGACACAUUAGGAUUGGUCAUGGAAAUAGAAUGCACCACCAUGAGCAUCACCACCUACAAGCUCCUGACAAAGAAGAUAUCUUGAAAAUUUCAGAGGAUGAACGCAUGGAGCUCAGUAAGAGCUUUCGAGUAUACUGUAUUAUCCUUGUAAAACCCAAAGAUGUGAGUCUUUGGGCUGCAGUAAAGGAGACUUGGACCAAACACUGUGACAAAGCAGAGUUCUUCAGUUCUGAAAAUGUUAAAGUAUUUGAGUCAGUUAAUAUGGAAACGAACGACAUGUGGUUAAUGAUGAGAAAAGCUUACAAAUAUGCCUUUGAUAAGUAUAGAGACCAGUACAACUGGUUCUUCCUUGCACGCCCCACUACAUUUGCCAUUAUUGAAAACCUAAAGUAUUUUUUGUUAAAAAAGGAUCCAUCACAGCCUUUCUAUCUAGGCCACACUAUAAAAUCUGGAGAUCUUGAAUAUGUGGGUGUGGAAGGAGGAAUUGUCUUAAGUAUAGAAUCGAUGAAAAGACUUAACAGCCUUCUCAAUAUCCCUGAAAAGUGUCCUGAACAGGGAGGGAUGAUUUGGAAGAUAUCUGAAGAUAAACAGCUAGCAGUUUGCCUGAAAUAUGCUGGAGUAUUUGCAAAAAAUGCAGAAGAUGCUGUUGGAAAAGAUGUAUUUAAUACCAAAUCUGUUGGCCUUUUUAUUAAAGAGGCAAUGACUAAUCACCCCAACCAGGUAGUAGAAGGAUGUUGUUCAGAUAUGGCUGUUACUUUUAAUGGACUGACUCCUAAUCAGAUGCACGUGAUGAUGUAUGGGGUAUACCGUCUUAGGGCAUUUGGGCAUAUUUUCAAUGAUGCAUUGGUUUUCUUACCUCCAAAUGGUUCUGACAAUGACUGAGAAGUGGAACAGGAAGAUGUAUGUGAUCACCUAUUGGACAUGUAUUGUCAUUUGUAGUAAUGACUACAUAUCCAAUACAGCAGUAUGUUUCUUUUUUCUAAUUCAGUGGCACUGGUAUAAUCACACAUUAAAGUUUAGUAGUACAUUUUUAAAGGGGGUGGUAUUUUUUUCCUUAAAACACAUGAAAAUUGUAAAUGCACUGGGGAGAAAUGUCUUAAGAAUAAUAAUUUUGCAGAUAAAGGAUAUAUUUAUAAAUAUUGUAUUUAUGCAGUAAAUUCUAAAUUAUGAACAUUAAAAUCUGUAGCACAUACUUUUGCUGAUUGGUUAAAAAUUUAACAUGUCUUUUUAGCUUUCUAUGUUAUUGAGUUUCUGAUUAAAGUAAAACUUUUAGCUGUGUA